UUGGGGACUACGUUCGUUCGUCCCACCCAGAGAUCUGCACACCCCACGGACCUGCCUGCAACAGCGGAUCCGUCAGCUCUUCCUUGCACCCUUCCUCACCCCCCCACUGCCCGCGCGGCGUGGCUUCAUUCAGUUCAGAAUGAUGCUGGUUCUAUUCAGCCUCAGCUCCGCUUUGUCCGGGGCAGCCGCAUUCAAUGCGGUUCCCUCUGAGACCGCCGCCUUUCUGCAGAUGCCCUCGCCCUUUAUCGCACUGGUCAGUGAGUGAGAGGGGAGAAGGGAGAGGGAGAGCUGCAGUGGAGGGAGGGGAUCUCUGCAGAGAUCUGGACGUGCACGUGAUGGGGGGAGCUUUGGUGCCUGUUGUGGUUGUGAUCUUUCGUGUGGUUGUGUGUGUGUGUGCAGCGGCCAAGGCCGGCAGCGGGCAACUUGCACAUGAUGAUUGAGACCGCCGACGAGCUCAACAAGCGCCUUGCCGCCAUGAAGAGGGGCAGCCCUGCGGUAAGGUUGCGCUUGGCGUCCAUCCGCUAAUCCACGAGUGUGUGGCUGGUCCUUGAUUGGUCAGAGGCCGAGCUACAGUGCCCCGAGCAGCGGCAGCAGCUACAGCCCUCCCCCCUCCUCGGCCCGCACCAGCAGCGGCUACCCCGUGACGCCAGGCGUCGAGACGGCCGAUGAUUUGAAGAUGCGGCUGGCGGCUCUGAAGAAGAACCAGCCUUCACGACCGGUAGGUCGGUCGAGUCAGUCGAUUCACCACACACAGAUCUGAUCUGCUCCGACAGAGAGAGAGAAACCACCUCCCUCUCUGGGCGUGUGUGUGUGUCUCGUCUGUGGUGUGCAGAAUAGCUACUCAGGGUACUCAGCGCCGUCGAGCUACUCGGCGCCUGCGUCAUCCAGCGCGCCGAGCUACAGCGCGCCGUCCACAGCGGCCAGCAGCGGCCGGACCUCCUCGGGCUACCCCGUGACGCCCGGCAUCGAGACCGCUGACGACCUCAAGAUGCGCCUCGCCGCACUCAAGAAGGGCCAGACUUCGGUAGGACACGGGCCCGCCCAACCAUCCACUGGUAUGUUGUUCCUUUCCUUCUUCUUUGAUUGGUCAGAGGCCGAGCUACUCUGCCCCGAGCAGCAGCAGCAGCUACAGCGCCACCAGCUCCCCCGCCCGCACCAGCAGUGGGUACCCCGCCACGCCGGGCAUCGAGAGGAAGGAGGACCUCGACGAGCGCAUGAAGGCCAUCCGAAUGCGGCAACGAGUCAACCAAGUGGUAUGCUCACCACCCACCCACCCACACACACACACAUCACUUCCCACUGGGAGGGAGCCUGGUCUGUCUGUGGGUCUCUCUGUCUGUCAGGUGUCGGGCUCGCCAGCAACGGAGCCAACCAACUUGUUCCGUACCGCCCCCGGCGGCUCAGCGCCGCGGCCCAGCAGCGGGUACCCCGCGCAGCCUGGGAUCGAGCAUGCGGACGACUUGGCCAAGCGCCUGGCGGCUCUCAAGAGGAAGAUCGGUUAGAAACAACGGUAUGCACACGAUCACCACGGCAGGCCGUGUGCGUGGAUGGAUGAGAUGCCAUGCGGUGGUAUGCGAUGGUGGUAUGCUGUGGAGUGAGGGGAGUGAGUAUGUGUGUGGGGGGCAGAGAGAGUAUGUGUGUGUGUGGUGUGUGCGUGUCGUAAGUGUAGUGUGUGGUACGCCUGCCGGUACUCUGGCCUGUCCCUCAUCUGUCUGUGUCUGUCUGUCUGUCUGUCUGCGGUGUGUGGUGAUGUGAUCUUCAGAAGAGAAGGAGCGUCGCGGGCUGACCUACAUCCGCUCUGGUGCUCCGUCGCUGUCCUCCUUUCCUGCCCUUGUCUCGCGAGUGUGGUGGUCCAUCGUGCGGUGGCUGCGGUGGGUGCUGUCCCUUCCACAACGAGUGCUCUCUAUCCCAAGACGCGUACUGUCCCGGGUGCUGUCAUGGCCCUCAUCAUCAUCAAGACCAUCACCAAGACAACAACCAACACAAACACCAACACCAAGACAACCAUCACGAUCGCCAUCACGAUCGCCACUCUCGCCAUCUCCUUCUCCGUCUGCAUCCUUUUCAUCUAGACCACGACCAGCGUCUGCUGCAUCUGCAUGGUAGGGGCGUGUGUGUGUGUGUGUGGGUGGGGGGGGAGGGGAGGGGAGAGGGGCUGGGCAUUCUAUUCUUUAUCCAUCGCAUAUGCCGUUGCUGCCGUACCGUACAUGUGUGAGCGAUGCGUCCGUGCCCACAUCACUGAGUCGUUGUGAUGACCUGCCUUCAUGACCUGACGUGCCUUGCCUUGCCUUGCUUCCUUCCCUGAUCGUCUCUCGGCUGUCUGUCUGUCUGUCUGUCCAUGCCAUGUGUCGCUUGUACGGCUGUCCGUCCGUCGUGAGAGGUGACUGAUAUUAUGAGUGAGGCCCGCUCAGUACAGAUGUACGUGGGCGGUGCCCACACUGUCUGCUUCCAUGGACAGACACCAACGAACGAGGCGCGAAGGCCUGCCUGCCUGCAAUGGGAGGGAGGGAGGGAGGGGGCAUGGCGUAAGAGAAACACGUGUGUGGUCCGCGGCCGCACCUCCGCCGCCCCUUCGCCCUCUCAGGCAGCCAGGCAGGCAGAGAGACGACUUUUUGAUCGGUGAUCGAUGCGCGCACACGCUUACAGAGGCUGGCUGGGUGCCAACUUUUUCUCUGACACACACACACUCGCACUGUCAUUCAUUUCUCCCGCCCGUAACAUCUCUUUCUCUCUCACAGCACACUACAUCACCCUACACGCUUCAAGGUUGGUUGUCUGGUUGUCAAAGGCUUGUUGAGUGGCGAGGCCUCGGCGUCCCAA